AUGCCUACGGUCAAAGCUGUUAAGGAUUCGAAGAAUCCUUCGUUGAAGUAUUUAAUAGUCAAAUUAAAGGAAAUCCAGUCGUCCUUUUCUGAUGUGUGGGAAUUUGUGGAAACGUUUCAAGAGGAUGCUACUCAUGCGCAGAUUUCAGUUCGACUUUCAGCGAUUGAUGAUUUAUGGGAAAGGUUUGGUGAAGUGUUAAUUGAUAUAAAAUCACAUGAAGAUUUUGGAGCGGAUGUAGAACUUUAUGAUAAGGAGCGAAAAGAGCUCAGUGACCGGUAUUACUUUGCAAAAUCGUUUCUGAUGGAUAAGGCUAAGGCUCGUUUGGAGUUUUCUGAUCUUGAUCAAUCCGUUCGUGCAGGCGAAACUAAUAAUCGCGGUGGUUUCGAUCACGUUAGGCUGCCACAGAUCAAACUGCAGUCUUUCAAUGGAAAUAUUGACGAAUGGCUUGGGUUUCGCGAUCUCUACAUCUCACUUAUCCAUUGUAAACCUGAUUUGCCAGAGGUAGAAAAAUUCCACUACUUGAAAGGUUGUCUCCAAGUAACUCGUAGAAGUUGGGAAGAAGAAUCAGCCUCCAAGGAAGAAGAUACUUUAUCCGAUUUAACAGAUUUUCUGCACAGGCGGGUUCGAGUUUUGGAAGCUCUUCCACCAAGGUUGAAUGAUACUAAGGGUGCACCUCCACAAAUAACAUCUCAUAUGGCUCGAGAUUGUCAGUCAAAGUUUUCGUGUCGGAAUUGUGGAGGUCGCCAUCAUACUCUGGUGUGUUUUAAAGGUAAAAACGGAGAAAUUUCGGAAUCUUCAAGGUCAGGUGAAACCAAUGGCACUUCUAAGAGAGGAGAAACAUCUUGUCAGGUUUCUAGCACAGCUUCAUCAUCAUGCUUGACAUCGGGUGUCGGGCGCAAGGCUAAUUGUCGGGUUCUUUUAGCAACUGCCGUGGUUCUCUUAGAAGAUGAAAUGGGAAAUAGAUAUCCAGCUCGAGCGCUGCUCGAUUCGGGGUCAGAAAGCAAUUUCAUGUCGGAAAGAUUGAGUCAGCGUUUGAAGAUGAGUCGGAAAAGGGUAGAUGUUGCGAUACUUGGUAUUGGUCGGACAUCUACCAGGGUUAAACACAAGGUUCUAGCAGUGGUGCGAUCAAGGGUGAACAGUUACGUUAAGGAAAUGGAAUUCCUGGUUCUACCCAAGGUAACGGUCGAUCUGCCAACUGCUACGGUUGCAACGGAUGAAUGGUCAUUCCCAAAUGGUAUUGAGUUAGCGGAUCCAUCAUUUUUUGAGUCGAAGGUGGUAGAUUUGGUCUUAGGUAUUGAGUCGUUCUUCGACUUCUUCGAAACGGGAAAACGGAUUUCCAUCGGAGACCAAUUGCCUACACUAACAGAGUCAGUUUUCGGUUGGGUUGUUUCUGGAGGUUUAUCGCAAGAGACUUCAGCACGGAUUGCUUGCACUGUUUCAACGACAGAGUCUCUUGAUACUCUUGUCGCUCGGUUCUGGGCUUGUGAGGAGCUAGGUUCGGAAAACCUUUACUCACGAGAGGAAAAGCGUUGCGAGGAAAUUUUCCAGAGAACGGUACAGAGAGACGGCGAUGAAAGGUACACAGUCUCUCUUCCUAAGAACGAAGAGGUUUUCCCCAACUUAGGCGAUUCGAGGGAAAUAGCCUUACGGCGCUUGGGCGCAACCGAGCGCAGACUAGCUAGGAGUCCGGAAUUGCGUGAGCUGUAUACCAAGUUCAUGGACGAAUAUAUACAGCUAGGGCACAUGAGAGAAGUAAAUGAAACGUCAGAUACUAAACGCUGUUUUUUGCCACAUCAUCCGGUCGAGAAGGAGAGUAGUACGACUACUAAGUUGCGUGUAGUAUUCGACGCCUCGUGUAAAACUACAACUGGUAUUUCAUUAAACGAUGGGUUAUUAACAGGUCCGGUUAUCCAGGAUGAUCUUAGGGCGAUAAUACUCCGCUGUCGAAUGUGUCAGAUCAUGGUCGUGGCUGACGUCGAGAAAAUGUUUCGACAAAUCAACGUAGCAAAGGAAGAUCGCCCACUUCAGUCAAUUCUAUGGAGGAAUUCACCAUCGGAACCAGUAAAGACUUUCGAACUGAACACGGUAACGUACGGUACUAAACCAGCUCCGUUUUUAGCUACUCGUACUCUAAAGCAGUUGGCGUUAGACGAAGCAGAGAGAUAUCCCCUGGCCUCGCGGGUAUUUUCGGAAGAUACAUAUAUGGACGAUGUUGUAUCUGGUGCAGACGAUGCAAACGCAGCACUCAAACUGAGAAUUCAGUUAGAUAAAGCUGCAAAAGCUGGAGGAUUUCGGUUACGAAAAUUCGCAUCAAAUUGUGCAGAAGUCCUGCAAGGGCUUCCACAAGACAGUGUAGCUAUUGAAGAGUCUUCAGAUGGAUCGGAGAUUGAUCCUUCGAUGAAGAUACUUGGGCUCACAUGGUUACCGAAAUCUGAUGUCUUCAAGUACAACUUCAACAUUCCUGAAAUUCCAAAAUCCUCGGUUUUAACAAAACGCAAGGUGCUGUCGGUAAUAGCUACGCUUUUCGAUCCGUUGGGACUUCUUGGUGCUGCAAUAACAACUGCUAAAAUAUUUAUGCAGCAAUUGUGGACGUUAAGGAAUAGCGACGACCAAAGAUUGGACUGGGAUCAGCCAUUGCCUCCAACGGUGGGUGAGGAUUGGCUGAAAUACUACGAACAACUGGUUUCUCUCAACAACAUUCGUAUUAAACGGUGCAACAUAACCCCAGGAGCCAUCUACAAGGAAAUCCACUGUUUUUCGGACGCUUCGGAGAAGGCGUAUGGUGGCUGCGUCUAUUUGAAAAGCGUGAACCCAAAUGGAGAGGUUGAGAUUUGUUUGUUGUCUGCCAAAUCGAGGGUAUCUCCGCUAGCAAGUCAGUCAAUUCCACGUUUAGAAUUGUGUGGGGCAUUACUAACUUCCGAACUUUUCAAAUUUGUUCAAGAAUCCAUGAAGUUUGAAUGUCCAGUUUACUUCUGGACAGAUUCCACAUGCGUGUGGCGAUGGUUACAGGCUGUUCCAUCUACCUGGACUACUUAUGUGGCAAAUCGAGUUGCCAAAAUACAAAAGCUCACAGAGGGAUGUGAAUGGAGGCAUGUCCCUGGCGUCGACAACCCAUCAGAUCUGAUUUCUCGCGGCAUUCCUCCCGCCGAAAUAGGUAAUUCUCGUUUAUGGUGGGAAGGUCCGUCCUGGUUAGCACUUGAAAAGGAAAACUGGCCAGAACUACCAGAUAAUCACUUAACGGAGAUUGGCGAAGAGGAGAAGCGCCGAACAACAGUAACAGUAUUGAGUCAGCAUGAGUCAGAUUUCAAUUCUGAGAUGGAUGAAGCUGAAAGAGUUUUAGCGAUGUGUGUUCAAAAAGAGUGUUUUGCUGAGGAAUUAAAGGCUCUUUCUAAGGGCGAUUUUGUGUCAAGGCAAUCGAAACUAAGGUGGUUCAAUCCCAAAAUAUCCCCCGAUGGUUUGUUGAGAAUUGGUGGUAGAUUGAGCAAUUCGUCCGAGUCAGAAGCGGCAAAACAUCCGAUAGUCUUACCAGCCCGUCACGAUCUUACUCGACUAAUCCUAGAACACUAUCACCGCCGAUUAUUGCACGCAGGUCCUCAGUUGCUUUUAGCUACGGUUAGGUUAAAGUUUUGGCCUCUGGGUGGAAGAAGCGUAGCUCGUCAGGUUAUUAAAAAAUGUCACACAUGCUUCAAGGCUCGUCCCACACCAAUUCAGCAGUUCAUGGCAGAACUGCCGGCUUCACGCGUAACGGUUUCGCGUGCGUUCAACCAUGGAGAACGGUCAGUUGACGAUCAGACUUCGUAG